UAAAGAACAAGAGACAUGAGGCUGCCGACUGUACAACAACUUUUUCUUCUGUGUUUAUUUGGAUUUUUCGGAUGUUGGAGCGCAACAGAUGCCAGUCCUUUUGAUCAGUGGGAAGAUGGCUUAGAGUUACGAAAGGUGCGAGGCGUCCAAAAUGAUGAUUUGAGUGAUGUGUUGUGGAGAGAUCAGAAUGAGGAGCAAGUCCAGAACAUUUUCAAAAGAUUCCUGUUUCAUUACUCCAAAGCACGCAACUCUGUUGGAGCCGUACAACAAGAAUCUCACUCAGUUCAUCCUCUGAUGCGACUUUCACCCAAACUGUCCCAGAGGAGAAAGAAGGUGGUACUUCUGAAGAUUCGAAGUCUGCCAGAGGGGAUGUUGUAAAAGAAAAAAAAUGAAAAGUGAAGGAAAUUCUGCCCAUGGAAGAAAAGCAGCUGCUCCAUCUCUGGACUACGGAUCAACCUGUUCUGAGCCCCUCUGGAUUGUCUCUCCAUCUAGAAAACAACUUUUUUUGUAAAUAGAAAAUAAAUUACAUGUAAAAGAUGGAAAAACAGAACCACUCUGCUAUGGCUGCCAUGUGUCUUGAUGCUUCCAAAUGUUAGCUGUUCUGACUGGAUGGGAACUGUUACCAGGAACAUACUUAGCAUAAUGUUUAAAACACAAGACAGGGCUACGAGAUACGAACUCCAAAUG